UGUUGUUCUUUAAAUUCUUUGAACUUAACCUACCAUGUUAUCUUAUUUCCAUAUAAUUUUCUACAACAUAACAUAAGCCAUUAAAGAGUCCUAUAAUAUUCCACUACUCACCUAAACAAGUAAGAGUGUAAAAGCCUCAAAUAUAUUGGUGAAACUGAAAAGGUAAAAAGGUAUAUAUUUUUUAAGAUAAACUAUACUAUAGGCUAAAGUUUAUAAUUCAUUUCAUGACAUACACAUUCCAUUAUAUAUCCUUAUCAUUGUCAACUUUAUUAUUAUUAAAAAAUAGAGUAGGCAAGGUGGUUUCAUUGGACUAUAUAAAGCCUCAUAGAACCUUCAUUUGUUCAUGCUCCAAAAACUUUAUAUCCUUUCUUACUUCCAUGUUUUAUAUAGAAUAGUCCUAUUAUUUUUAGUGCAUACCUUUUGAAUCAUUUUACCUUGUGUCUAUAAUACCUCAUAAUGAAACACAUAUUUUCCUAUUGGUUAUGCCAUUUUCUUCUGUUAUUGGCCACACUUGAUACUUCUUUUGUUGCAACACUUAGUAAUGAUGCUGAUGCAACAGACACUAACUUGCUUCUAAGGGUUAAAUCAGAACUGGUUGAUCCAUUAGGAGCCAUGAAAAACUGGUCUCCAACAACUCAUGUUUGCAAAUGGAAUGGAAUAACAUGCGAUGUUAAUCAGAAACAUGUUAUAGGUUUGAAUCUUUCUGGUUCAGGAAUAUCAGGUUCCAUUUCAGUUGAGUUAAGUAAUCUCAUUUCUCUUCAAACACUUGAUUUGUCUUCAAAUUCACUUAAUGGUUCCAUACCUUUAGAGCUAGGUAGCCUUAAAAAUCUAAGGACACUCCAACUAUACUCAAAUUACCUCUCUGGUAACAUUCCUAAAGAGAUUGGUAAUUUGAAGAAGUUGCAAGUUCUUAGAAUAGGUGAUAACUUUUUGACAGGCGGUAUUCCACCUAGCAUCAUUAACUUGAGUGAGUUGAAUGUGUUAGGUUUAGGUUACUGUCAUUUAAAUGGAACCAUACCAGUUGGAAUUGGUAAUUUGAAAAAUCUAGUUUCACUUGAUUUUCAAAUGAAUAGUCUUAGUGGCCUUAUACCUAAAGAGAUAAAAGGCUGUGAAAUGCUUCAAAACUUUGCAGGAUCAAAUAACAUGUUUGAAGGAGAGAUUCCUUCAUCUAUAGGUUCCCUUAAAGCAUUGAGAAUUCUUAAUCUAGCAAAUAACAGUCUUUCUGGACCGAUUCCUAUAUCGUUGAGUUAUCUUUCUAACUUGACAUACCUUAAUUUGCUUGGAAAUAAACUAAAUGGUGAAAUUCCAUAUGAGCUUAAUAGUUUGAUCCAAUUGCAGAAGCUAGACUUGUCUAGCAACAACUUUUCUGGAUCAAUACUCGUCCUUAAUACCAAACUGAAGAGUCUCGAAACUUUAGUUUUGUCUGAUAAUUUUUUGACAGGUAAGAUUCCAAGUAGUUUCUGUUUCAAAGGUUCAAAGCUUAAUCAAAUUUUCUUGGCUAAUAAUAUUUUCUCUGGAAAAUUUCCCUUGGAGUUACUCAACUGUUCUUCAAUACAACAGUUGGAUCUUUCUGGUAAUAGCUUUGAAGGUGGAAUUCCAUCUAGCAUAGAUAAACUGCAGAACCUCACCGAUCUUGUACUCAACAACAACACCUUUGUUGGAUCACUGCCUCGUGAAAUCGGAAAUAUUAGUACUUUGGAAGGUCUUUUCCUAUUUGGUAAUUUUUUAACAGGUGAAAUCCCAGUGGAGAUUGGAAGGCUGAAGAGAUUGAACACUAUUUAUCUCUAUGAUAAUCAAAUGUCUGGAUUCAUACCAAGAGAGUUAACAAAUUGCACAAGCUUAAGCGAAAUUGAUUUCUUUGGAAACCAUUUUACAGGUCACAUUCCUGAGACUGUAGGGAAGCUGAAAAACUUGGUUCUUCUUCAUUUGAGGCAAAAUGAUUUGUCUGGUUCAAUCCCUCCAAGUUUAGGGUACUGCAAAAGUCUUCAAGUAUUGGCCUUAGCAGAUAAUAAACUUUCAGGUUCUAUUCCACAUACAUUUAGUUACCUUUCAGAACUUUUUAAGAUUACUCUUUACAAUAACUCCUUUGAAGGACCUAUCCCUCAUUCACUUUCUUCUCUCAAAAACCUCAAAAUCAUAAAUUUUUCACACAACAAAUUCAGUGGAAGUUUCUUUCCUUUAACUUCUUCAAAUUCUUUGACUCUUCUUGACUUGACUAACAACAGCUUCUCAGGUCCUAUCCCUUCUAAUCUAGCUAAUUCAGUAAACCUCCACCGUCUCCGGCUCGGAUACAAUAACCUCACUGGAACUAUUCCUUCUGAGUUUGGCCAGCUUAAUGAUCUAAACUUUUUUGAUUUAUCAUUUAACAGUUUAACAGGAGAAAUACCACCUCAACUCUCAAACUCGCGCAAAAUAGAACACAUUUUGCUGAGUAAUAACAGAUUGAGUGGCAAGAUACCUAAUUGGUUAGGAAUCUUCCAACAACUUGGUGAGUUGGAUCUCUCAUACAAUAACUUCACUGGCAAGUUACCUUCUGAAAUUGGUAACUGUUCAAACUUACUCAAGCUUUGUCUCCAUAACAACAAUUUGUCUGGUGAAAUUCCUCAAGAGAUUGGAAAUCUCACUUCUCUUAAUGUCUUCAACAUUCAAAGCAAUAGUCUCAACGGCCACAUUCCUUCAACUAUUCAGCAAUGCAAGAAGCUCUAUGAGCUAAGGCUCUCACAAAAUUUUCUGACAGGUACUAUACCAUUUGAGCUAGGAGAGCUUGAUGAGUUACAAGUGAUAUUAGAUUUGAGCAAAAAUCUCUUCACUGGUGAGAUUCCAUCAUCUUUAGGUAACCUAAUGAAGCUAGAAAGACUCAACUUAUCUUUCAAUCAACUUCAAGGAAAAGUUCCUACUUCACUUGGUAAACUUACAAGCCUGCAUGUGUUGAAUCUCUCAAAUAACCAUCUUGAAGGCCAAAUUCCUUCAACUUUUUCAGGGUUUCCAAGAAGCUCUUUCUUGAACAAUAACCGGUUAUGCGGCUCGCCGUUAGUAUCUUGCACAGGAUCAACAUCACAGGGGAAAAUGCAGCUAUCAAACACACAAGUUGCAGUUAUAAUUGUGGCUAUUGUGUUUACUUCAACUGUGAUAUGCUUAGUUAUGUUGUAUAUAAUGCUUAGAAUUUGGUGUAACUGGAGAAAAGUUUCAAUAUCAAAUGAUGCAGAUGGAGGUAAUGUUGCUAUGAAGAAAGAGGAAAGUAGAUGGGGUUGUAAUGAUCAGAAGACAAGGAAUGGAGAGUAUUGGAAUAUGAAUUCAUUUGGAUUCAUUCCUUCACCAGAUAAGAAUAAUUCAGUUACAACAACUUGUUUUUUUAAUAUCAAAAUGGAAGCCAUGGAAAAUGCAAAUAUAUAAAAUCUUUUUUUUCUUCU